UAGAGCUUUCAUGAUCUACAGCUAGCUAAUUUCGCUCCAGGUAUUCGUGCACGGUUUUGCAUGCGUUGAAGUCUACUGCAGCUUGGAGUGCAGAGCUGGACCCCAAUAUCCCCCUUAUUUACUUGCUGACCUCUUUUAAAUUGACCAUUCCCACGAAUUCUUCUCCUUCCAAUUAAGCAAACCAAAAAUCUCUGAUCUCUUCUUCUUUCUCUGCAGAAACGGUAGAAGUAGCAAAAAUGGAGGGUCUUAUUCCCUUUGUGUACAGGGCCAUAAUGCAGUACAAGCAUGAAAAAGAAAUUCCUAGUGCUCUUGGGUCCUACUGGUUCAAUGAGUCACCCUCUGCUUCCUACAUGCGACUUCCCGGCGGCGAUUCUGGCCGUUUUCAAACGUCUGAUCAUAUACAGCUUUUAUGUUCUUCAGAUCACCAAUAUCGGUUCUCUGCGUCGACUUCUUCUCCAUCUUCUUCAUCCAGGGCUCCUUCGUCGACUACCCAAAUCAUAGUGUCGUCUGGAGUUCAGUCCCCAGUACUUCGUCGUCUGGCUGCCCGUCGAGUGGCGAGUAGUAGUAGUUCAUGAUCAUCGAUCGAUCGUCAUGAAAAUGGGGAUGUGCCUGAAGAAUUAGCUAGCUGAAGGCAUGUUGGAAUUAAGUACUGCAGGUUUUUACAGUAUUUUGUGCAUGGAUAUAUCGACUGUGAUCCUAAGUGUAUCUAGAGGAUUUGUUUGCUAUUAAGUUUAAUCUCUUUUUGUUUAAUAAUCUGAACCUUUUAAUGGCUUUUGGCUUGGAUUUGGAAGAGAUUAGCGUCUGGACAAACCAAAGGGACGUCCCUACGCUUUGAUUUCUGGUGUCUGUUUGAAAUUACCAAUGUGUAAAAUAGAAAAAUUAAUGUAAUUGUCAUGCAGGAUUGUGAUGUCUGAACAAAAGGAUGAGUCAUGAACAAAAGACUAUAUCCUUUAGUAACUGUACGUAAUUUCAAAGCAGCAGUUGCUUCUUUC